AUGGGUUUCGUUCAGUGGAAGUUGUUGCUUUGCUUUGCUGCAGCCUGGGUGAUUGUGUUCCUGUGUAUCAUCAAAGGCAUAAAGACUUCUGGCAAAGUGGUAUACUUCACGGCUACAUUUCCAUACGUAGUACUCACAAUCCUGUUGAUACGUGGUGUGACCCUCCCUGGAGCAGCAGAUGGUCUGAAGUACUACCUUAUUCCCAAGUGGGAAAAACUUCUAAGCUUUAAGGUAUGGGGAGAAGCGGCGAUGCAAAUUUUCUUUUCAACCGGGAUUGGUGGGGCUCUUAUAACGAUGGCCAGCUUUAACAAGUUCAACAACAACUGCUACAGAGAUGCAAUUUUGAUAUCAAUCUUAAAUGCUGGUACAAGUGUGUUUGCUGGUCUUGUGAUCUUCUCAGUUGUUGGAUUCAUGGCUCGCGAAACUGGUGAAAGUAUUGAUAACGUUAUAACUCAAGGUCCCGGACUUGCUUUUGUGGUAUACCCAGCGGCAUUGACUAAACUUCCUGUUUCCCCUGUGUGGUCUGUGUUGUUUUUUACAAUGCUUCUAACGCUGGGCGUGGGAAGUAUGAUUGUCAUGGUUCAAAAUUUAGUUGUAUCUAUAACUGACGAGUUCAACCUAACUAGCAGGAAAACACUUCUGACAGCAAUCAUAUGUGUAGUGGAAUUCCUCUUUGGUAUUCCUAUGAUAAUGCAGGGUGGAAUGUACGUGCUACAAGUGAUGGACUAUUACAGUGUGGUGUUCACUUUAAUGAUUGUUACCUUUGUCGAGUGUGUUGCAGUUACAUGGAUAUAUGGCAUGGACCAGUUUUCCAAAGAUAUUAAACUUAUGAUUGGUUCAAACCCUUCUAUUUUGUGGAAGAUAUGUUGGCGGUUUAUUACCCCGGGACUUAUAUUAUGUAUAUUUUGCUUCCUUAUCGUGACCCACGUGCCUGUGACAUAUGGGGACUAUACGUAUCCUGACUGGGCGAUUGCAAUAGGGUGGAUUCUGGCAGCUGUAUCAUUUGCACCAUCACCAAUGUAUGCAUGUUAUCGUAUGUUAACUACGGAUGGAAAAACGUUUGUUCAGCGUAUUCGGUUCCUGAGAAUGCCCGAACCAAAGUGGGGUCCAGCGCUAAAAGAAAAUAGAGAAUUGUAUCUAAGAGCAUUGAGUGCAGAAAGAAAACGCCACGUUCUGGGCCCAAGAGAAGUGAAUGUGGACUUGGCUCCACUCAAGCAAUAA